GUGUCUGACGUCAAGCAAUCUCUCUCUUUCUCUCUCUCUAUCAAUUCUCUUCUUGAUAAGAAAAAAAAAAUAUAUAAAAAAUAAACCAAAAGAAAAAAAAAAAAUAUAAAAUGCCAGCAAGUGACAAGUAAAUAUAACUAAAAAAAAAAACCAAUAAUAAUAAUGGCACAGUAACAUCAUCAAUAAAAUUUCAUAUCAUCAUCAAUUAAAUUGGUAUAUUAAUAACAUUCUAAUCAUUAUUAAUAUUAUUAUUAUUAUCAUCAAAUUAUUUUGUUUUUUUUUAACUUUUAAGACGAAUUGUCUCGUGAUAAUAAUUUGACCAUGAAUUAUAACAUUAAAAAACAAUAUGUGAGUGGAAAAAUUGUUGGUAAUAAUUGAAUUAAAAUUGAGUAAAAUAAUUAUCCUGAUUCCUGACAUACACAGGUAUUUUAUUUUUAUUAUUAUUUUCAUCAUCUAGGUAUGCUAAAAGGUGAACAGAAUAAAAAUACAUAGAUAACUCAAAAAAAAAACAGUGGCUACAUAAAAUAUAUCUUGUAUGUAAGCAAAAAUAAAAUAAUAAUAAUAAAUUGUUAUUUAAAAACGUAUAUUUUAUAUUUAAAAAAAAAACAAGUGGAUAAAUAAAUUGUUAAAAAAUGGCGGAUUGUGAAUCGGAGGUACUUCAAUCAUCACCAAUAAUAAAUAAUAAAAAUAAUGAAAAUAAUACAACAAUAAUAAAUAAUGGACAACAAAAUAUGGAUGAUAAAAAAUCAUCAACAACAACAACAACAACAACAUCAUCAAUGUCAAUUGGACAAGGACCAAGAUGUGUUACAAUAUAUAAAACAGAAACUGGUUUUGGUUUUAAUGUACGUGGACAAGUUAGUGAAGGUGGACAAUUAAGAAGUAUAAAUGGUGAACUUUAUGCACCAUUGCAACAUGUUAGUGCUGUAUUACCACAUGGUGCUGCUGAAAAAGCUGGUGUUCGUAAGGGUGAUAGAAUUCUUGAAGUGAAUAAUAUUAAUGUCGAGGGUGCAACACAUAAACAAGUUGUUGAUUUAAUUAAAUCUGGUGGUGAUGUAUUGACAUUAACUGUUAUAUCAGUAACACAACAAGAAGCUGAACGUCUUGAACCAUGUGAAGAUAUAAGUUAUGCAUCAGUAGAUUACAGUGAAAAACGUUCAUUACCAAUAAGUGUUCCUGAUUAUCAUGUACGUGAACGUAAACAUGAACGUUUUGUUGUAUUUAAUGUAUAUAUGGCUGGACGACAUUUAUGCUCACGUAGAUAUCGUGAAUUUGCAGCACUUCAUAUAUCAUUAAAAAAAGAAUUUAUUGGUUUUAAUUUUCCAAAAUUACCUGGUAAAUGGCCAUUUCAAUUAAGUGAACAACAAUUGGAUGCAAGAAGACGUGGUCUUGAGCAAUAUCUUGAAAAAGUAUGUGCAGUACGUGUUAUUGCUGAGAGUGAUUCAAUGCAAGAAUUUUUAACAGAUAAAUUAGAUGAUGAUGGUGAUCAAGGACCAGCUGUUGAUUUAAAAAUAAUGCUACCAGAUAGAGAAAUAAUACUUGUAACAUUACCAAAAGCAAGUUUAGCUAAAGAUGUUUAUGAAGCUGUUUGUUGUAAAAUUGGUCUUGAUAAUGAUACAUCAAAAUAUUUUUAUUUAUUUGAAAUUGUUGAAUAUAAUUUUGAAAGAAAAUUACAACCACAUGAACAUCCACAUACACUUUAUAUACAAAAUUAUUCAACAGCAAGUGCAACAUGUUUAGCAAUACGUAGAUGGUUAUUUAAUAUAUCACGUACAUUAAAUGAACAAGCAUUAACAUGGAUUUUUUGGCAAACAGUUGAUGAAGUUAAUCGUAGUCAUAUUAAUGCUGGUGAAAGAUUAUAUCAGUUAAAAGCACUUCAAGAUGCAUCAAGAAAACAUGAGUAUUUAAAAUUAGCACGUGAAUUAAGUGGUUAUGGUGAUAUUGUAUUUCCACAUUGUCCUUGUGAUUCACGUAAAGAAGGACAUGUUAUUGCUGCCAUUGGUGUUGGUGCAUUUAAAUUACAUGCUGCUAAAGAAGAUGGUACAUUAGAAUCACAAGUUGUUGAAUUUCAAUGGAGAAAUAUAACGAGAUGGGAAAUUGAUGAAGAAGGAAUGGCAUUUUGUUUUCAAUAUACUAGACAAGAUAAUAAACCACCAAGAUGGCUCAAAGUAUUUACUCCAUAUUAUGUUUUUCUUCAGGACUGCUUUGAUAGAAUAGCUGAAGAGGCUAAAUGGGACGAAGGUGAAGAAUGACAAAUAAAUUUAUCAACAAAACAGUAAAUAAUUUAUUUUGUUUAUCUUGAUACCAGUUUUUAUUAUUUUUAUUUUUUAUUAUUUUAUUUUAUGGUGAUUUUUUUUUCUACUAGUCUAAUUGUAGAUUUUUAUUUUAUUUUUUUCUUCUCUUUUGUGUAUAUAACUGGCUUUCAUGACGAGAAAAAAAAUUGUAAUUUUUAUUUUUUUUCAUUCUUCCAAGGAGUUCAUUCGCGUUGGGAAUAUAUUUUUUUUAUUUAAAAAAAAAUUUAUAGCACAAGUAUUAUUUAACUUAUUAUUUCAUUCUUUUUUUUCGAAAUUUUCGUUGUUUUUUUUAGAUACAUUGACUGUGCUACGAGUGUAGCCUGGAUAAAACUAAAAUUAAAAUUAAAAAUUAUCAAGUUACUUAUCUUGGCGUGUUAAAGAUAAAUAAUAAUAAAUUUUAAAAAAACAAUUAGUAUUUUUCACAAAUAAUUGUUGAAAAAAUAAUUUUUAAAUUUUUGUUGCUGUUAGAUAUUUCGUGUUAUCUAUAUUUGAAAAUUAAAUAUAAUUAAUAAUGUGAAAGAUAAAAAAAAAAAAAAUGAAUGAACUCCUUUGAAUAAUCCAAAAUUAUAAAAAAAAAAUUAAUAAUGAUCUGAUAUCCAAUGACUGUUGAUGAUUGAAUUAUCAAAAUGAGAUGUAAAAGUAUUACAAAAAAUAUUACUUUAUAAAUUUAAGAUAUAUUAUUGUUAUUAUUAUUUAAUAAUAAUUAACGGCUUAAUAAUUUGUCCGGCCUAUUACCUAAUUAGCAUAAUUAUUAUUUAAUAUAAUGUCAAACAGUAUAGCUCAACAUGAAUCAUCAUUGCACUAAGAAAAAAAAUAGCAAAUUAAAUGUAAAUAUUUUAAUUUUUUAAAAAACAACUCAAGUUUAUUUAGUUGACUUUUAUUUUUUAUUAUUAAUAAUAAUAAGACAUUUAUUUUUUAUUUUUUAAUUAACGCCAUACAUUAUUAUCAGCAAGAAAUUUAUUCUUUUUUUUUUUUUGUUUAUCAAGCCUGUUGUACACUAGGCUCAAAAUAUAAUUACGUACAUAAAUUUUAAUAUUUCGUUGAAAAAUAAAAACUUAAAAAAAAUAUAUAUAUAUAUUUUACAUAUUUUUUGUUUAUUAUAAAUUAUUAAAUGAUUAUUAAAACAUUUAAAUUUUAAAAAUUUGUUACAAAUUUCCUUGGUAAUGUAAAAAAAAAAACACCAACGAGUUUAUAAAUUUUUUGAAAAUUAAAAAAAACAAAAAAGCACGUUGUAUGAAAAUGAAAAUUAAAAAAAAUUAUAAUAAUACUUGAAUUUAAUUGUAGCCAUGAUAUCUUUAAAUAUACAUACACAUUACGACUAUAGUUAUUUGCUGAUUAUAAAUAAAAUAAAAUAAAAAACAAAAUGUUAUUUUAAAAAAAAAAAAAUCGAAAUAAUUGUUAUGCUAUUUUUUUCUCGAGAGAAAUUAGUUUAGAAAUUAAAUUAAAGACAUUAGAUGAACAUAUGAAGAGUAUAAAAGACAAAUGAAUAAAUAAAUUCCAAUAUAAUAAUAAUAAUAUAAAUAAUAAAAUUUAUGUUUGUUAAUUAGUUUAAUUAGAAAGUUAAAAAUACUUUUUUUUUCGUUUUUUUUUUUUUUUUUUGAAUCCUGAGUAUUAAAAUACAUUCUUUAAAAGAAAAUAAGGAAAAAAUGUUGUAAUUUGUUUUUUACAUAUUAACUAAUCAGACUUUCUGUUUAAAAAAAAUGAAUUUAUAAUUAAAAAAUGAAAAUUUUAAAUAUUUAAA